AUGGAACCAAUCGAAAAUAAUAUUAAUGAAGAGGAUAUAAUAACGGUAGCACCUAGAACACAAAGAGUAAAGAGUGAUUGUUUGUCGGAUAGUGUUGAAUUUACAACAACGGGGACUGAUUUAAAUCGAUCUUAUUCAUCGCCACCUACUCCUACUACUUCUUCUUCUUCAUCAUCUUCAUCUUCUUCAUCAUCAUCAUCGGCAUUUACAAUUUCAGAGGAUGAUAGUAAUAGUAGUAUAAUGAGUUCAAGUAGUAAUAGUAGUUUUACAGCAGCUGCAUCGUCAUCAAUUAGUUCUAGUGCAACUGUCAACAACAACAACACGAUCAAAAGUAGUAGUAAUAGUAUUAGUCCCAUUAAAUCAAGUUCAAACAACAAUCUUGUACAACAACAACAACAACCACCAAAGAAAAUUGAAGGAGAACUAGACAAACAAGGACACAUAUUCCCAACUUGGCGUACUCGUUGGUUUAGAAUUGAAGAAGGACAUUUACUAUACUUUAAGAGCAAGAAAGAGUCUGAUGAUAAUGGCGUACCAAUAGAUCGAGUACCAUUACGCGGAUCCCGGUGCUCCAAGAAACCAUUCCACACUCGUUCAAAAACCAUCUUUGAGUUGAUGGUUCCUUCCUCCUCUAAAAAGGUGUUUUUGUUUGAAGCAAAAACGGCAAAAGAGGUUGAUUUUUGGAUAAACGAAUUGGAAAAGGCUUGUCAAUUGGCAAGAUCGCCAUCAAUGAAAGCUUUACCUCCUUAUCAACAAUAA